UAAUUAUCAGAUUACAGUUUGUUGGAAUGACUGUGUGGAUCAUAUGAACUUCAUAGAGAAUUACAGAGGGCUUUUUUUAUUUGACAUUGACUGAUUUUUCAUCAUGUAUUCAUAAUUGCCCAUUUUUAAGUAUGCCUACUGCAUUGACAAUUCAUGUUGGCCUUUUUUUUUAUUGAUUAACAACUGAUUUGCUGACCCGUGAGCGAUGUUGCGCAGAGGUCUGGUGUCGUGUUUGUCUCGUGUGGGUGCAGUUUUGGUGCUCGUGUGCUGCGUGCUCUCUCUCCUCUACGUCAUCACCUGUAGCCCUCACACUGAUGACUCGCUGACCGGCCCCCAGUUGCCCAGGGCGGGCCCUGCAGGGUCACCUGGAGGUCAUGGUGUGCUCAGCGGUGCCCCCCAGGGCCCAUCGGGUGGGCGGGAGAGUUACCAGGCGCUCCUGCAGGAGCGCGAGGAGCAGCACCGACAGCACAUCUCCAGCCUGAAGAAACAGAUCGCCCAGCUGAAGGAGGCCCUGCAGGAGCGCGGAGAGCGGAUAAAGGGAGAGAAGGAGUCUCAGGAGAAAGGAGGAGAGAGACAGGCGGGCACCGGGGCAACUGAGGAGAGAAGCCACACUGACCUGCAGGAGUUUCUGCGCAGUCAGCUCUCCCGGGCAGAGGUUCACUCAGGUGUGCGGCUGCCGAGCGAGUAUUCGGUGGUGCCAUUUGAGAGUUUCACACUGCAGCGUGUGUACCAGCUGGAGAUGGGGCUGACACGGCACCCGGAGGAGAAACCGGUGAGGAAGGACCGGCGGGAUGAGAUCAACGAAGUGCUGGAGAGCGCCAUGCAGACCCUCAACACACCAAACCUGAAUGGAGACAGGACCGCCAGCAAGGUCUACAGCCCCGCCGACUUCAUAGAGGGUAUUGCACGUACAGAGAAGGAUAAAGGGACGCUGUAUGACCUGUCGUUCCGUGGAGAGCAGCCGCAGCAGCUCCGCAGGCUGGUGCUGUUCAGACCGUUCGGACCGUUAAUGAAGGUUUCGGACGAACGAGUGCAGACGCAGCACGCGCUCAUCAACAUCAUCCUCCCGCUCUCACACCGAGCCGACAAAUUCAGACACUUCAUGCACAACUUCAGAGAGGUGUGCAUAAAGCAGGACGGACGAGUGCACCUCACUGUUGUCUACUUUGGCCGAGACCAAAUAAAUGAUGUCAAAGGAACUCUGGAGAACACAUCCAGAGGACUGAAUUUCCGGAACUUCACUCUGAUUCAGCUGAAUGAGGAGUUUUCUCGCGGCCGUGGUUUAGAUGUGGGCGCCCGAGCGUGGAAGGGAGGAAAUGUCCUGCUGUUCUUCUGCGACGUUGACAUCAUCUUCACCUCCGACUUCCUCAACACCUGCAGACUGAACACCCAACCAGGAAAGAAGGUGUUUUACCCCGUCUUGUUCAGUCAGUAUAACCCGGCAGUGAUCUAUGGCAGCAGCGAGCACGUUCCGCCUGUUGAGCAGCAGCUGGUCAUUAAGAAGGACACCGGCUUCUGGCGGGAUUUUGGCUUCGGAAUGACCUGCCAGUACAGAUCUGAUUUCAUCAACAUAGGUGGUUUUGAUGUGGAUAUUAAAGGCUGGGGUGGAGAGGAUGUUCAUCUUUACAGGAAGUACCUCCACAGUAACCUGCUGGUGAUCCGGGCUCCAUCCCGAGGACUCUUCCACCUGUGGCACGAGAAGCACUGCACAGACGAGCUCCCUCCGGACCAGUACAAGAUGUGCAUGCAGUCCAAGGCCAUGAACGAGGCGUCGCACGGCCAGUUGGGAAUGUUGCUCUUCAGACAUGAGAUCGAGGCUCACCUGCGCAAACAGAAACAGCGCAUCGCUGCCAAAAAGCCCUGAGAGACGGCGUUUAGCCAUGCAGUGAGCACCAACACGCACACAAAGUGUGCAAAAGUUUGAACACCCCCGGUCCAGUGACAUGUUCUUUGAAAAAAUGGUAUUUUUCUGCUAAUUUUA